AGUUUAUCAUCCAUGACAGACUGUGUCUUUUAUGCUUAGUAUAGAAAGAUGAAACUGGACCGCACGGAAACUCGGCUAUACAUCAUGCUUGCGAGGCUUUAGUCCAACAAGUUCCUACGGGAAUCGGCACGGGCCGAGCCUCCGUGUUAGCAGAGCGGUGUCGAACCCCGUCGAGGGGUUCGACACCGCCGAGGCAAACCUGUGCGGAGACGAACGGUUUGCCUCUCGGCAGCAGCCCUGUCCGCGUCACUACACCAGGUGCCAGUUUGUUCAUGAUGUUUCUCCGCGGCUAUCUUUGACCGAUCCGAAGAAAUGACCGCGCGGAUGAUCUGGCUUUUCUUCUGCACCACGAGUGCGACCGACUCCUUGCUGCAAGCCGCACGAGCCAUAUCACUCCGAUAUAAAGAGAGCGGGACGCAGAAGACAUCAAUCGCAGAAGUGCAAGGUGGUCCGCAGGAUGAAGAGUAUGAGAACAGUGACGCUUACGACCAGCAGCAGGGUGCUCCAACGCAGUACGUCGGCACUGCCACCAGCACCGGCGGGGUCGACGCGACGUCUACGCAACACCCAGCGUCGCUGUUUGCGGAAGAGCUUGAACGAAUCACGGACAUUGAUGUCUUAUUGCGUUCGGGGUUCGACCCGAGCAGCGUUAUACCUUGGGGGACGACCUACGAAGCCGAGCAUGACAUGAAAAUUGAACGGGUGCAGGGGAAUUUCAUGAGUCUCUUACAAUUGCAGCUGAAACCUCAUUUCGAACCGGCCAGCCUACCGUUAGUUGCACUGCCACUUGGUACAAGCGCAUUGCGGUGGGGCUUCGCGGAUCGCGUUGCUCACUACUGGGAUCCGGAUCCGGAUUGGGGGAGGUGGAGAUCCAUGCGUCUAGAGCCACGUGUCGCUGUUCGAACGACCCUGGAGCAGCUAGAUUUUGCUGUCCCUCACAAAAUAAGCGAGGCAAAUAACUCUUCUGGCGGAGGCCCGGGCACUGAAAGAGACAAACUUUUUCCAGUGCCGCUUCCUAGAAGAGUAUCGAACACAACGAGCGAAGACGUGAAGAUAUCCAGCUUCUUCGAACGCGCUGCGCAGUGGAUUGCUCAUGAUUAUCCGCUCGAAUACCUACGAGCCAUAGGAUCGCUUGUGCGUGGAGGUGACGAGAGUUUUCUUGCAAACGAGGACUCUUGGUUCGCGGGGAGCUUGCGCGCAGGCGGGGAUGUACGCAGUUGGAGAUACACGCACGCUGGUGUUCCUCCACUCGAACGAACGGGCGUGCCCCCACAGGAAAGGCCAGGCGGAAUCAAGUCGAAUAGCCGGCCUCGUGGCGAAGGCUUUCAUGAUUGUCGUUUGUGGCUCCGCACGAGCUCGCGGGAUGGCACCGUAGACGAAAGCGAGUUUACGUCUUCAAACUUCAGUACCACUUCUGGCGCAAAACCAGAAAUGGAUACUACAAUAACGUUGUUAGAGAAAAAGUGGGACGAGGAACAAGCCAGCAGCCUUCCUUCUUUAGAAGGAUUUAGUAGAGCAGCAGGGAAGACGGGCUCUCCUUUCGGCGAGCUUACCUUGGCUAAACUGCUGGACGAAGUUCCAGACGAAGUCUGGGAGAGGCAUCACGGGGCGACAAGUCUGACAUCUGAAGAACCUAACCUGGUGUUGGUAAAGCUCUCGAUCUCGUUCGAGUACGAUACUGCGUUUGAAACUGUUGAAAAGGAAGUGGAAAAAGAAGAGCAAGGACGUAUCUUCUACCGGCGCGCGCAGCUGCUAACCUUCGAUGGGAGAACCUCAUUCGACUUGCUCCUUUUUCGUGGGUCGCGACUACGCGCGCGCCAGCUUGCAGUCAGGUCGCUGGAGGUCCAAAGCGUAACGGGAGAAGAAAAGGAGACCCGUGACACUGUGCCCUCUUCUUUGCAAGUAGUACGGCCUGAUGCCCGCCGCGAGCAUCUCGUCUGGCAAGACCUGUAUCGAUGCAAAAUCCUUUCGGCGUAUUUCCACAUAAAGGCGCGCGCUCGCCGGUGUCAAAGUGGUGCUAUCACUUUUGUCAGAUGUGAAGAUUAGUAGGUAAGAGGCAACUAGUACGCCGCCCGGCCUAGUUUCCGUUCCGUUCAGUUUGUCAUUUAGGCCAUGGGGCACCAGCCUUGUCCUUGUUCUCAUGCCUGGGGACGUCCGCACUGCCUUGCACUAGUCGGAUGCCAGUUCGUGAUUCGCUGAUAUUCCACGUCUGUCUAGCGAGGUUCCUGGUGAGAGACAACGCCGCCGGAAUUGAAUUCCUUCCUUCCUUUGUCAACAACUCCAAGUCUCCCUUUAGGUCCAUGACCAUUCAGGAAAACUAAUUUUGUGCCCCGUGGCACAGCCAGGGAUUCGCUUGGUCCCAAUCACUGCAUCCAGAGAAGAUGAACUCGGAAGGCAUGAUGCCAUUAGGGACGUAGUAACCAAGUAAUAGCAUAGUCAGUACCUCAAAGAUCUUUCUUGGCAAGUAAAAGGGGGAUUCGUUCUUGUUUCAGAUCUUCACGGAUCUUCUGGGUCGGCGAUUCCCCGCAAGCACGCUAAUCUGCAAAAUGAGUUCCGCGAUAUUGAACGCGACAAAAAGCUUCGCCCGCGAUGCCUUUUAGUGGGGAGGACACGUCUUUCAUUCUGAUACACGGAAACGCGCAUUCACGACUUUCGAAUUCGAACCCGCCGAAUCAAUCCUUUAUGCGAACCUUCAGAGCCUUGCUCAGCACGAUUUUUCGUGGAGUGCAGUAGAUCGCGAGAUUUCUCAACUGCACGACUUUGCGGCAGUGCGUUGGGGUAUGAGUACCAAGGCGAUUCUGGAGACCUUGCUGCUGUGCCUGAUGCCAUUAACUGACCAAUGGAUCCCGAAAACGGGAUUUUUGUGGCUUUUUAUGCGGAGAAAUCCUGCUCUUUUUGAAUUUGCUGCAAGCUCUGUCGAUUACCAUUACAUUCUUCAUCUUCACUUUCUUCGCAGCGAAAACGCAAUGUUUGAAACUCAUCAAAAAGAAAGGAAAGAUGCUAAUAGUGCAGCCUUGACGGUCGAACCCUCGAUGCGGCAGGAUGUGCUUGUUUUCUUACGGAUCUUGUCGUCCACCUUCAUGCCAAGGAAAGGCAACUCCGAUAAAGUCCGGGCAUCCUUUAUCAAGAAUUGGACCGUGUGGUUUUGUUCCGAUGGUGUGCAGCCACAACACACUCCUGACGCCCUGACUGGGAUUGCCUUACGUGCGGCGCUAGCGGGUGCGUAUUUCAUGCAUGGUCGCCGCCGGUUUCUUGAUUUCAUGGCCGUCGCUGCCUACCGACUGAGCAUCGUCACACCAGGUUCGCGCACGACGCAUCCGCUGAUAGAAGGACGCGGUCCCAUGCGUCGGUGCUUGUUGUCUCCUUUAGACGCGGACGCAGUUCAAGCGAAAGUCGAUAGACUGGAAGAAAAGUACGGCCCGUGGGCUCCGCUAUCUACAGAUAUCGCCGAAUAUCGUGUGGGUGACUUUCCAGGUCUGCACUGCGAACCGCCGCUUGAUCGUAUUCAUGUGCAACUGGCUACAUUGGAUGGAAAUGGAUUUGCUGCAAGCGGCGAACAAAAUUUUCUCCGAAAGUACCAUCGCGAACUGGAUUCCGGACUGCCAGGGGCAGUGAGUCCCAGAGGUGGGCGUGAUCCGAUUCAGUCCUCUGACUCUACGUUUGUCUCUCUCAAUCAUGACUACUACCGUCGAUAUCUCGCUCUGUCGCUGCAAGAUAGGGCGCUCCUGCCACACCAUGGCGUCGACGAGCUGCACCAGGAGUCUCUGUUGAAUAUUCCGCGUAAGCAAGCCCACUCAGAAAAUGAUUCCCGUCACCUAGAAAGUUUCUAACGUACUACACUUCUUUUUUGAGAGGAAAUUUCUGCGCGUACUCAAUUUGUCCUUGCAUCCAGCGGUUGGCUUCGCGUUAAAUUCCCACUCAGACAUGAUCCCGGAUUGGAACACUACGCAUUUGGCUGAGAAUCAAAGGUCUUUCGCCCUAGCAUGUGCAUCAAGUAAGCUGGAUGUACGCAAGCCGGGGACCAACAUCCGGGUUUCUUUUUUGGGAUGGGAGGGUCUUUGCACGGGACGUUGCUUUGGGAGAUGGCAAAGUUUCUCGAGAAACUGCAGGGCAUUGCUGACAAAGAGAUGCGAGAGGUAGGAAUACAUGAAAGCGACCAAGGCCCCGCACACGCACGUGAAACGUGGUUUUCUUUUCGCAUCGGACCUAGCGCAGCAGGGUUUUAUUACGAUCGGGAACUAGACACGAAACAGGCAGACGGCCACUCGCUUGGAGCAAUAAUGGAGGAGAUUCUCAGUCAUUUAAGCUGCAAUAAUCCGCACCUUCGCCGAGCUCAAGUUGAAGUCACGCUGUCACGCGGGUGGCACACGAUCCGUGCGGUGGUGUCUUACUUUCUGGACGCGUUCCCGCCACCCGAAGAGGUCGGGUGGAUCAGGAUGGGUCGCCAGGAAAAGACAGCGGCAACCGGAGAAAAGACAGAUCAUGCGGCAACCGGAAAAAAACGCCAGGAAAAGACAGAUCAUGCGUUGCCAACGCAUGAAUCACUGGCCGUGAGACAAGCACAUCCCGGUAGCGCAGCCGUUGUUCCCAAACCAGUAGCAGCACAGGACUCGUCCGCUGCGCGUGACGCCGGUGAGAGGACUGCUCGACUACCGCCUGUCUUCUCCGGCCGGCUUUCCAGCGACCAAGUAGACAAGGGAUGCUGCACAGAAGAUAACCGCGAACCGCAGAAGCUGGCGUCUAUCGUCUUGGUCGCGAUUUAUCCGAGAAGAUGAAAGAAUGAAAGUCACGCCCUCGGUGCGUAGCCUUGUACGCUCAAACCAAGAUGAUUUUGCUGUCGUGUCAAGCUGCCGGCAUUUUUUGUAUUGGAUUGAUAGAUUGAGAAAGAGAAUGACAUGCAAGGCGAGCAACUACACAUGUGAGAACGCCUCAGAGUGUAUCUGCAUACGAACUGUGGCUUGUCCCGCAAUCAUUCUAGUACUUACUCAGUCGCGUGCAAUUGUAGCGAAGGCUAAAGCAAGAGUACAUCAUGAACGUCUUGUAAAAUCAGAAAUGCUGCGCUGAAACGUUUGGGUUCGUGCAUUUUUCUCCGUGAUAGAGUUCUCAGCGUCGCGGCGGUUGUGGUUGCAGGACUUCUGAUCGCCAUGUGCAGGGACACGGAGCGUGCGCGCCGCGCUGCAGCGAUCAAACGGAAGAUGGAGAGGCGAGACCUGUUUUAUAAUCGGGAGAGGGCCAGGAGGGCUCGCGCCGAACUCGAGAGGAGGACCGGACGCGCGAAGAGGCUGCAGGCAAUUCUCAAAAAACAAGGAAAAGAAACUGCACCUGCGCAGGCCCCGCCCCGGACAAACGAAGAGAAUGUAGCAACAAAUCAGGAAGCAGUGCCGGGUGUAGGCGCUUCCGUUGGUGGCCGUGGUGUUAUCGUGAAUCCUGCUAUCGCGUCGAAAACCACAGAGCCUCCCAAUCCUGGCGGGGAGGGCGUGCCCCUAAAUUAUGAUAUUUGAAACACUCUCAAACACUUCCAAGAAAACAGUAUGGUUCCGCGCGUUGUGUCUGGAUGAUGCUCGUCGCGCGCGCAUACUCAGUUGUUCAGGCCCUAAACGGAGAGAAUGCGCGCAUACGUAUCAGCGGCCACUCCUUGCAUACGAAAAUUCAACUCAAAGAGAUGCGGUACAAGCAGAAGGUCUUAAUUUAAUGCAGGCGCACACGCCAAGCUAGGCGUAGGCCAAUGCCUGGGCCUGGCACAGUACCUGUAACUUGGUGCACGUGCGUGGCAUGGGAUGAUAAUGAUCUGUGAAAGAACCAUAAGAACAGAAGCGUAAGUAUAUGCUUACCUCCCAGUGUUUUGCUGUUUUCUUGUUGGGCUCGAGGUGUUUUCAAAUUGAGAAAGGUUCCCGCAGGGGAAUGCUGACGGACAAAUACGUUUUGACUUUACAACCGUUAUGCAAGGCAGUCGAAUUUUCGCUCGCCCGCCUCGGAUUUCCCAAGCCUCAUAUACAGUAAUUCGAAUCGCGGCGCAUCCUCUUGCAUGCUUGGCGGAAUCAUAGUUGUGAUUGUGGAGCAGCAUUGAUUUGCAUUUUCUGGAUGGACAAUAAAACUGCCGGGGCGUCUCGCAGGUACUUACGCAGUACACUCGAUGAUGCUUUGCGUCGUUGUUCCAUAAAUUGAUAUAAAGAGAAAUCAGAGGGCGGCAAGACUUUUCGUUUUUAAAUCUCCCGCGAAACGAACCGGGAAGGCGGAGCAACAAAAAAAAGGAGACCGUGCGGGUAGGCUUGCAGCCUGCUGCCCCGUCGCUUCGCCACCACGACGAUGGUGGCCUUGGUGCUGCAGGGUUCGCGAAUUAUCACGAAGCGCCUGACUCUGCUCCCUCAUUAUAUGUGAAUUAUCUGUAGUACUACUCGCACUCGAUUUCGAUGGUACUAUUUCACAAUUACGGGGGCUGCGGAUGUGGUUGGCUGUGCUACCUUCGGCUGCGCUUUGUCAACGCGUCUAGGCGUGAUUUGCAUCACAACGUGAACAAGGCGAUGCUCUAAGGAUUGUAUGAUGACCAGAACAGUUGCUAUGCUGCCGGCCUGAGCAUAUGCAUCCCCUGUGAAAUGAUGAAAAAAAGACGCGAGAUCACUCUAAUCUUAGUAUAAUGGAGUAGGGGUUUAGUGCUUUUCCGGUUGAUACUGAUGUCGAACCUGGAGGCAACGUCGAAGACUGGAGGCAGAACGUUGAAGCUAUGCUGAAGGAGCUUGGAUUUGGAUGAGCAUUUUGUUUAGCGGUACUGGUGAUGAAGCCGAAAAAAUCGAAAUACGACAAACCUCGAGUGCUCUGGCUGACGCAGUAUCGAUUUAAGCCCCCACGCAGGAUGGAUGAUGAUGAUGAUGAUGAUGGUGAUGAGGGCAAUGGAGUACUCCCUCCGAAUCUGAUGACUGUGACCGUAGUUGUGAGCACGUGAGUCAUGGAAAACGAAAAGAAAAAGAAAGUAUUUUUCUCCGUUUAAUCAGCCUACUGGUCUGGUUUAGAUCAACAUUCACUGAUCGUGUAGCAAGCGGCG